AUGAGGCGUGACGCCGCUUACUGCCUUUUCUGCUUCACGCUUGCUCUGUCUCUACCCGUACGCGGCAGCGAGCGCUUCUACAGUGAUAAAUCUCAAGAGCCAUAUCAGCAGCACCGCCAGCCCGCGGGCUUGAACUCUCCAGGCGUUUUGGGACCCUCCGCCGGACUCUCCCCUGUUCCAGAGGGUCCUGAGGGAGCUUCCUCUGGGGUUUCCUCGAGCCCCUUCGGCCCCCCUACCCCUUCCCACAGCAAUCCCAGCCCCCGGUACAAUUUGCUUGACAAGCUCUCCACAAAGUUGUACGAAACAACUGAUCUUUCUUCCGAUGAAUCCACACAAGAUGACCACUCCGUCUCGGACGACGCAUGGAGUACUGCCGUUGAGCCAGCCGAGGAAGACCCGGUGACAGACGCGGACUUGAAUUGUGCCCCCAGCAAGUUCUUAUCCCCCGUGGGCCAUGCACGGUCAAUAGGGGAGGCCUCGGAGUUGUUGCUGGCCUUCAAGGCCUUCGCAAAACAGUCGGCAGCAGCAGCAGCAGCGCACAAAAAGAAAAAGAUGCUCAUCUUCGUCACUGCAGGCACCGGCGAGGAGCUCAUUGGUAACCGGCAGAUUUCACAGAGAUUGGUGGUGCAGCCCACAGUGCGCAAGAAACGCACGGGUUUUUUCAACCCGAGCGACGGCGUGGCGGAGCUGAGCGACGACGGCCGACUGCAGGUGGAGCUAUUGCACGAACUGUUCACACGAUUUGUAAAGCAAACGAAGGACUUGCCUGCAGAGCAGCGGCGGCAGGCUUGCGUGGACGUAUUCCUGACCUCUACGCUUCAGUCAGGAGUUGAGACGUGUCUCGAGGUUUUCACGGGGAUCCUGGAGCCUCUUUCUUGCCAUGGAGGAACCACUUCCAGCCCUUUGGCCUCAUCUCAUGCAGACGGCUACCUUUGCUCCAGUGUCCGCUUCGUGACGAUUCCCCAUCUUCGCGAGGUUGUUGAGACGGCUGGAGACAUAGGCGAGUCUCUGCCUGUUGUCUUGAAGAAAACAAAAAACCUUCGGGUGCAAAACGGGUUUCAGAGAGAUGUGUUCGAUUGUAUUGUGGCAAAUUACGGAAUGUGGUGGAAAAAGCAGCAGCUGGGGGCUCUAGGAACCCCAAGGCCCCACGGGUUUCCAGGGGGCCCCCGCCCAUCAGGCUCACUCGAUGUUGCUGUAGACACGGGGUUUCCCGGAGGCCGCUCUGUUGGGGGCCCUGUGGAGGCGCAGUUGGCAGCCCUGGAAGCUGCCGUUGGGGGCAAGAGCGUGGACACGGCAGCGCUGAAGUUUAUGGAAGAUUUGGAUCGUCUGUCUUACCCUAAGGGAUUUCAGUGCUCGCGACGGCUCGACAAUCUGGUGCGUACAUUUUCGUUCCUGAAAGAGUCAGCGCGGCAGGAGCCCUCUGUGCAGCGGGCAGUGUGGGCCAUGCCAGAGGAAAUGGAGAGUGACUACGUAGAGUCCGACGGAAGCGUGUUGCGCAGAGGCCUCUCGCUGCUGCGUUCACUGUGUGCUGUCCAAACGGCCUCCCGUUUCCUGCUCACGUCUCAUCCUAAAUUUGUAGAAAGGCUCACAGGCCAGCCUAUGGACAACGGAGAGCUCAUGGCUUUCACCUUGGAUUGUUCUGCGCUGUCAAAGAGCCUCCAAGAGGCAGGUUUCAUUCCUUGGGAGGAACAUAUGCAGCACAAAGCCUAA